UACGUAGCCGGCUAAUGGUGGAGCAGAUGACAGUUGCAAGGUCUGAAGAUGUUACAUGUUAAGACUUUUGCUGGUUAUAUGACAUCAUGGAGCAUCCUGAGGACCACUCUAAAAGCCAGUUAUACUUUACAACCAUGUAACUUACAUAAUUUACCAAGGACAUAUUGUCACUCCUCACUGCUUACAGCACAUUCCAAUAAAUCCCAUUGUGUUAGCUCACUUCUUUGCUUCAAGCUAUCAUAUACUUUUAAACAGCAAACCAGCUUUUCUCAGAACUCUACCCAACCUCCAAAGCCUGACUCCUCAGGCAAGAUAAAACUCAAAACUCGAUUGGCCUAUACACUGCUUUUAGGUGGUGCAUUUUUUGGCAUCUGGUGGUAUGUACAUAAGGAAAAGCAGCAAAGGCUGCAGAUGCAGCGGAUUGAGCAGUUAAGAAAUGUAGCUGUGGGUCAGGGAGACUUUAAUUUGCUGGACCACACAGGACAGCGCAGGACCAAAAAGGACUUUCUGGGGAGCUGGGUGCUCAUGUACUUUGGCUUCACACACUGCCCUGAUAUCUGCCCUGACGAGUUGGAAAAGAUGAGCAAAGUUGUAACGCUGCUGGAAAACACUGAGGUGCCUCGAGUGCAGCCACUGUUUAUAACUGUUGAUCCUGAAAGAGAUGAUGUGGCAGCCAUGGCUAGAUAUGUUAAAGAUUUUCACCCACAGCUGAUAGGAUUAACUGGAACGCCAGAAGAGGUGCAGGAAGCUGGACGGACAUACCGUGUUUAUGCAAGUGCUGGGCCCAAGGAUGAUGAUGGAGACUACAUAGUGGACCACACCAUCGUAAUAUACCUUAUUAACCCAGAUGGCCUUUUCCUAGACUAUUACAAUCGUAUGAAAGAUGCCACACAGAUUGCAGAGAGCAUUUGUAAUCACAUGAAAAAUUAUGUAAAGUUAUUCCCUGAUUGAAUUUAAAUGUGGUAAAGAGAGAUUUGAUUGUGAAUGUGCAAAAUAAAGUGUAAA